GCAGCUGCAACGGGAGAUCGUUGAUGGUCCUUAGCGCAUAAUCAUAUGCUUUUGGGAUUAUAAUAAUAUUAUUUGAGCUAAAUAAGCUAAGGAUUAAUCCUUACAUAAGGAUUUAAAGGAUUUGAUCCUUAGAGACGUGGCAGCGGGUGAUUCGUUGGUCGGCUUUCGUCUUUCGUAUACCAAAAAAAAAAAUCAUUUUCGACCGAAGCGGAGAAAAAAAAAAGCUCUCGAGGAAAGGCGAAUUGGAACCGUCCCGCUACGAAGAUGGCGAAUCCACAUGAACCUCAUUUCUUAAAGCCUCUGCUUCCUGGUUUCCACAGUGGCAUCACAAUACCACUUGGCUUCUUCUCAAAGCACAUAGAAAGGAAGACGAACCAGAAAACAUGGAAACUAAGAUCGGACGCUUCAGAUAAAAUUUGGGAAGUGAUACAAGAAGGCAUGAGACUCACCGGAGGUUGGAAAGAUUUCGCCACAGCACAUGACCUUCGAAUCGGUGACAUUGUCAUCUUCAAACACGAAGGAGACAUGGUGUUUCAUGUCACUCCUUUUGGUCCUAGCUGUUGUGAGAUUCAGUAUACAGAUCCUGACAUCAACAAGGAAGAAGCCGACGCGGGUGAUGCUGAUGACAAUGAGAUUACUCACAUUGCUUCUAGCUCACGGAUGAUUUAGGAGUGAUUGUGACCGGAAAUAGAUAUCUCUUUUGCUGUGUUUCCUCUCUAUCAAACUUGUUUCCUCUCUUGCUAGUUAUCUCUUUCGGUUUGUUUCGUCUCUAUCAGAACUUGUUUCCUUUUCUUUCCUUUUGGUACUACUGUAAAAUCUUGUUGCUACAACUCGAAGUUGCCACAAGUGUAAUCUUGUUUCUUAUCUUAUAUGCUUCUCUUAUGUUA